UAAAGUUCAGGAGGAAUGCAUCUGAUCAAGUUAUUAGGAGGAAGCAUCAUGUUCAAGAAGUUCUCCGUGGAGUGGUUGUCCCAGAGCUUCCAUGCACAAGAUCUGGAGCAGGAGAAAUGCGUCAACUUAAUUCCAUGUGCUCCUGAUGCCUUCAGUGGUGCUCCUCAAGCAUCUUCAGAAAUGCUUGGAGAAGGAGAAACCAAGGCCCCGUCUUCUCCUACAAACAGCUGUGGCUACACCUCGGCCUCUGAGAGCGAUGAGAGUGAAGGAGAGUCCGCGUCGCAGCGGCGCGUCAGAACCAAGUUCAGCUCGGACCAGAUCUCGCGUCUGGAGAAGACCUUCAGCAAACACAAGUACCUCGGCGCGACUCAGAGACGCAGAACAGCGGAGAAGCUGCAGCUGUCGGAGACACAGGUGAAAACGUGGUUCCAGAACAGACGGAUGAAGCUGAAGCGGGGAGUUCAGGACGCGCGCGCUGCCGAGCUUUUUGUAGUGCUUCCGCCGGUGACGUCAUUUCAGCACCACGCCGCGAGCGGACAGCGCGAGCGCCUCUAUUUCCCGCCACAGAUUCCCGCGCGACAAAUCCCGCCACCGAUGCUGUUCCCGACCUGCUACUUUUAA